AUGCCUUCUGCAGUACAAUUAGCGGAAAAGAACCACGAAAAGGAUUCUAAAUUUGCCAAAGCUUUGCAUGGUGAAUCUUACAAACAGACCGGUUUAAAGGCUUUAAUGUCUAAAGCUAGAGAUGCCUCCGAAGUUGCCAACGAUGGUUACUUCAAGCACUGGGAUGGUGGUGUCACCAAGGAAGAUGAAGAUAAGAGAUUAAGUGAUUAUUCUAAUUUGACUGCUCAUUACUACAAUUUAGUUACUGACUUCUACGAAUAUGGUUGGGGUUCAUCUUUCCACUUUUCCCGUUAUUACACCGGGGAAGCUUUCCGUCAAGCUACUGCUAGACAUGAACAUUUCUUAGCUCACAAGAUGCAAAUUAAUGAAAAUAUGAAGGUUUUAGACGUUGGUUGUGGUGUCGGUGGACCAGCUAGAGAAAUCUGUAGAUUUACCGACUGUUCUAUUGUUGGUUUAAACAACAAUGACUACCAGAUUGAAAGAGCCAACCACUAUGCUAGAAAAUAUAAGUUAGACGAUAAAUUAUCGUUCGUUAAAGGUGACUUUAUGCAAAUGGAUUUUGAAGCCGAAUCGUUCGAUGCCGUGUAUGCUAUUGAAGCCACUGUCCACGCACCAGUUUUAGAAGGUGUUUACUCUGAAAUCUACAAGGUAUUAAAGCCAGGUGGUGUCUUUGGUGUUUACGAAUGGGUCAUGACUGAUAAAUACGACGAUGAAAACGAAGAACAUCGUAAAAUUGCAUACGGUAUUGAAGUUGGUGAUGGUAUUCCAAAGAUGUACAAGAGAGAAGUUGCUGAAAAGGCUUUAAAAUCGGUUGGGUUUGAAAUCGAAUACGAAGCUGAUUUAGCUGACAAGGAAGAUGAUAUUCCAUGGUACUAUCCUUUAUCUGGUGAAUGGAAAUAUGUCCAAACUUUAAGUGACUAUUUCACUAUCUUUAGAACUUCUAAGGUUGGUAGAACUAUUACUACGGAAGCUGUUGGUUUAAUGGAAAAACUUGGUUUAGCUCCAAAGGGUUCUAAGCAAGUUACUAACGCAUUAGAAGACGCCGCUGUUAAUUUAGUCGAAGGUGGUCGUCAAAAAUUAUUCACACCAAUGAUGUUAUACGUUUGUAGAAAACCAGCAAACGAAGAUAUUUAA